AACUGUCAUGUCGUUAUGUCAAAAAUCUUAAAUUAUACUCGAAGUGAAUUCAGUACAUCCAGUUUGAAAAUUAUGAAUUAUAAAUGAUUGAGUGUCCGAAAAAGAAGGAGAAAAAAGGAAAUUCAAAACUCUGCGAUUGUCGGCCGGUUUGCAAACACCGGAGGCGGACAUGGAAGGGCGUGACACUCAAAACGUCUGCGGAGUUGUUGGUCGAGAAAGAGCUAAAGGAGGAGAAGCCAGUGCAACCUAUUAAAAUACAUCCUAUGAAACCAUGCGAAAAAUGGGUAAAGUCCCGUGAAAUUAUACCGCCGGUGAAGGUAAAGAAACCCAGCAUAGUGAAGAUAUGCGAAGCGCCUAUCGCGGACACGGCGGCCACACCCUACGUGGAGUUCGCUAAACUGGCUAAGGAAAUUGGUGCGUGGGACUCUGUGCGCAAGACGUGCGCGUUCUGCUCGUGCCCGGGAUGCUGCGCGUGCGCAUCUCGGGAGUACGAGUUGAGGGAGGAGGGGGCGGUGCAGCGCCGGCGCGCUAUGACCGACUUCGACAGGCGAGUGCGUGAUGAUUGCAAGAUCAUGCGGAUCAUGUAUAAUAACAUUUAACAGAAAUAACAUUAUUAAUAAAAUAUUUUGCUCCAAAAUUAGGUAUGUAUGUACUUGUUUGUUUUUCAACAUUUUAAAAUUAUUAAAUAGCGUUAGCGAAACACUCAUAUCCAAGGAUAAGUCUGUAACCAUUGUUCAACUAUUGUCUUGAUUGAAUUUGAUAAUUCGAGUGCUGUUAUGUGAAUGUU